GUUGUGUUUUUGUGGGUUGCUGUCAUAUGAUUGAUAUUCUGAGGCUAUGGGCCUUCAUGACGUUCUCAUUACUGUUGUUAUUAAUGUUUGCUCUGACGAGUGCAGAAAUGCCAAUAUGCCAGCAUUAAGCCUUGUCCGUCUUUAAUGAAAGAGAUAGAUCAGCAUUUAGGGAGCAUGGACAUUUUGCUGCUGUCUUCGUUUUCAAUGGUUUAUUACAUGAGUUAACCCUGCACUGUACGCAUGAACACAAGGCUCUGCCUGACACUGUUGUGGCAGUUCAUACGGUUACAGAGACAGUGGAUUAAAAACGCUCUGUGAUCAUUCUGAUGGUAGUGGUUUGGUCACCUGUGCUUGCUCUUUGUAGGAAUGGAGUUGAAAGUGAGGAUACUGUUAUCUUUAAAAUACAAAUGUUUGACAUUUAUGUGUUUGCAAAGUAGUACUCGGAAAUUAUGAACAGGGGCUCAUUUGUGGGACUGUGUUCCCGGUGCAGUGGUGCAGCUGUGCUUCAGUGGUUUCCCUACAGUGUCCACAAGGUGCAGCACCUUGAUAUGCUGCAUAAAAAAGAUUGAGUCCAGUGGCUAACUUCAUCUAAAUCUCUCUCUGGUAAAAAUGCAUUUCUGGCCUGUUCCCAUUCCAGUCCUAAGACCAGUAUUUUGCAUCUCAUUGAUAUAUCCUCCCCUGCUCCCUCUCUCAGCUCCUGCUUAAACUCUCUCCAAUAAGAUGUGCACACUCACCAGUUAUGAACUCUACCUCUAUUAGUAUUUUUUACUGCCUCACACUCAUCAGUUAUGAACUCUACCUCUAUUAGUAUUUUUUACUGCCUCACACUCACCAGUUAUGAACUCUACCUCUAUUAGUAUUUUUUACUGCCUCACACUCCCCAGUUAUGAACUCUACCUCUAUUAGUAUUUUUUCCUGCCUCACACUCCCCAGUUAUGAACUCUACCUCUAUUAGUAUUUUUUACUGCCUCACACUCAUCAGUUAUGAACUCUACCUCUAUUAGUAUUUUUUACUGCCUCACACUCCCCAGUUAUGAACUCUACCUCUAUUAGUAUUUUUUACUGCCUCACACUCAUCAGUUAUGAACUCUACCUCUAUUAGUAUUUUUUACUGCCUCACACUCACCAGUUAUGAACUCUACCUCUAUUAGUAUUUUUUACUGCCUCACACUCCCCAGUUAUGAACUCUACCUCUAUUAGUAUUUUUUACUGCCUCACACUCACCAGUUAUGAACUCUACCUCUAUUAGUAUUUUUUACUGCCUCACACUCCCCAGUUAUGAACUCUACCUCUAUUAGUAUUUUUUACUGCCUCACACUCACCAGUUAUGAACUCUACCUCUAUUAGUAUUUUUUCCUGCCUCACACUCCCCAGUUAUGAACUCUACCUCUAUUGGUAUUUUUUACUGCCUCACACUCAUCAGUUAUGAACUCUACCUCUAUUAGUAUUUUUUACUGCCUCACACUCACCAGUUAUGAACUCUACCUCUAUUAGUAUUUUUUACUGCCUCACACUCACCAGUUAUGAACUCUACCUCUAUUAGUAUUUUUUACUGCAUCAUACUCAUCAGUUAUGAACUCUACCUCUAUUAGUAUUUUUUACUGCCUCACACUCACCAGUUAUGAACUCUACCUCUAUUAGUAUUUUUUACUGCAUCAUACUCAUCAGUUAUGAACUCUACCGCUAUUAGUAUGUUUUACUGACUCACACUCAUGCACACCACAACUGAUAACAUGAAAGCAUUGGUGGAUUGUCAAUGAAUGUUGCUAAAACUUUACAGAGACUUUGUAAGGUGUUUUGGGAUAGGAAAAAUAAUUAGGACACUAUGUCUACCUCCACUAUUCCUCUUGUUUAAAGUCCCUUAAUAAACUCAGUUGAAAUAUCAGUUUGUUGAAUUAGAACUACAAUGUGAGGUUUCUUUUUGAAUCCAGUGUUAUGUUGGCUGUGUGAAUGGGGAGAUAGACACAGGCAGCGCCACACAGGGCAGGGCAGACUCCUUCACUCUAAGUGCUGCUGUUCAUAUUCCAGCCAUCAGUGGAUGUGGAUCAAUGCCUGGUUUACAGCUUUACAUCAUCCUUGAAAUGCCUGGGAAAACAAGGAAACGCUCAGACUGUCAAUUAGAAACUAUUAGUAAAAAAAACAACCCAUAAUCUCUCCGGACUCGCUGCCCUACUCCCCUCUCUCAUCUCCCUCAUUCGCUCCAACUGGAGAAUGCACUAGAGGGAUAAUUCCUUUCCUGUAGGACAGACUUACCCAAAAAGGGAGACACAGGGGGUUCAGCCCUUAACUGGUGCAGAAUGUGUACUAAGGAAGAUACUUCACAGAGGAUGGAGAUAUUUGGGAGAUGAGGAAUCAAGUGGUAUAUGUUUGUUUUCAACUCAAUACCAUGCACUGGACUUGGAUUUAGAGGGACUUUUUGAACACAAGAAGAUAUUAUUAUCAAACUCACCUUUUUGCUUUUGCUGGAUAUCAAGGGAUUAAAUGAAGGGAACCUGGAACAGAGUGACUGUUAAUGGAUCUCUACCUUCACUGGAUCUUUACCGUCUUCAUCACAAGGAGCAUCGUCACCUGAGAGUUCACUUCCUUUGUGUGGGUGGGAAAAUGGGGGGAGUAAAGUGUGACCAAUAGAUUUCAGGGUUCGCAGCUAUUUUUCAGACAUCUUGUUCAAUUGUUUGUUUUUAUGUUUUCUUAGACACACACAUCCAGCAGCAAACAUUUGUUAAGUUGUAGAAAACGCAUCCAAUAUGUUCAGAGCUGGCCAAUAGCAAGCUGAUAAAGGUUCUUAUUCAAACACGUCAGCCAUGGUGCUGGAAGGCAUGGAACUGAUUGCAAUUACUGUAGUCAUUGGCCUGUUUUUUGUAGUGUUCAAGCAGUUUGGUGUCUGGGAGCCCUUGACAUUAGAUGAGAGUAGCGACUGUGAAUUGGAGCUUUCUACUGUUCGUCACCAGCCUGAAGGCUUGGAACAGCUCCAGGUCCAGACCCAGUUCACCAAGAAGGAGUUGCAGUCACUCUACAGAGGCUUUAAAAAUGAGUGUCCCAGCGGGCUGGUGGAUGAGGAGACUUUCAAGAACAUCUACUCACAGUUCUUCCCCCAGGGAGAUGCCACCACAUAUGCACAUUUCCUGUUCAACGCAUUUGACAUGGACAGAAAUGGCUCUAUCCGUUUCGAGGACUUUGUGAUUGGACUAUCUGUACUGCUAAGAGGUUCAGAAACAGAAAAACUCCGGUGGGCCUUCAAUCUGUAUGAUAUCAACAAGGAUGGCUACAUCACCAAGGAGGAGAUGUUGGCCAUAAUGACGUCCAUCUAUGACAUGAUGGGCAGGUAUACCUCUCCCAGUGUACGAGAUAUUGAUCCAUCUGAGCAUGUGGACAAGUUCUUUCAGAAAAUGGAUCGGAACAGAGACGGGGUGGUGACCAUUGAUGAGUUCAUAGAGACUUGUCAGAAGGAUGAAAAUAUCAUGGCCUCCAUGCAGCUCUUUGAGAAUGUCAUCUAGGUCUAGGAACGGACGAAGAACAUGGAUAGAAGUCCUGAUGACCUUUUAUUGCUUCUGAUACCAGACCCUACAAGCCCUUCUACACUUUAACCAUUCACCGUUUGAUAAUAGAAAAAUAUUUACACACAUCGAGAUGAGGACAGUAAACAUAUGGCAGGGGGCAUAGGGAAAUUACCUUUUAAACGUUUGAUUCCACUACGUACUGUAUAUGGGAAAAUAGUCCCUUCAAUGGUUCUAUUGACAGUAGAGGUCGACCGAUUAUGAUUUUUCAACGCCGAUUAUUGGAGGACCAAAAAAGCCGAUACCGAUUAAUCUCACGAUUUUUUUAACUUAUUUGUAAUAAUGACAAUUACAACAAUACUGAAUGAACACUUAUUUUAACUUAAUAUAACACAUCAAUAAAAUCAAUUUAGCCUAAAAUCAAUAAUGAAACAUGUUCAAUUUGGUUUAAAUAACGCAAAAACAAAGUGUUGGAGAAGAAAGUAAAAGUGCAAAUGUGCCAUGUAAGAAAGCUAACGUUCCUUGCUCAGAGCAUGAGAACAUAUGAAAGCUGGUGGUUCCUUUUAACAUGAGUCUUCACUAUUCCCAGGUAAGAAGUUUUAGGUUGUAGUUAUUAUAGGAAUUAUAGGACUAUUUCUCUCUAUACGAUUUGUAUUUCAUAUACCUUUGACUAUUGGAUGUUCUAAUAGGCACUUUUGUAUGCCAGUGUAACAGUAUAUUUUCCGUCCCUCUCCUUGCUCCUACUUGGGCUCGAACCAGGGACACAUCGACAACAGCCACCCUCGAAGCAGCAUUACCCAAGCAGAGCAAGGGGAACAACUACUCCAAAUCUCAGAGCGAGUGACGUUUGAAACGCUAUUAGCGCGCAACCUGCUAACUAGCUAGCCAUUUCACAUCGGUUACACCAGCCUAAUCUUGGGAGUUUAUAGGCUUGAAGUCAUAAACAGCUGCUGGAAAACGCACGAAAGUGCUGUUUGAAUGAAUGCUUAUGAGCCUGCUGGUGCCUACCAUCGCUCAGUCAGACUGCUCUAUCAAAUCAUAGACUUAGUUUUAACAUGAUAACACACAGAAAUACGAGCCUUAGGUCAUUAAUAUGGUCAAAUCCGGAAACUAUCAUCUCGAAAAUAAGACGUUUAUUCUUUCAGUGAAAUACGGAACCGUUCUUCAAUGUUAUGUCAUAAUUACGUAAAAUUCUGGCAAAUUAGUUCGCAACGAGCCAGGCGGCCCAAACUGAUGCAUAUACCCUGACUCUGCGUGCAAUGAACGCAAGGGAAGUGACACAAUUUCACCUGGAUAAUAUUGCCUGCUAACCUGGAUUUCCUUUAGCUAAACAUAAAGCUUUAAAAUUAUAUACUUCUGUGUAUUGAUUUUAAGAAAGGCAUUGAUGUUUAUGGUUAGGUACAGUCGUGCAACGAUUGUGCUUUUUUCGCAAAUGCGCUUUUGUUAAAACAUCCCUUGUUUGGCGAAGUUGGCUGUCUUUGUUAGGAAGAAAUAGUCUUCACACAGUUCGCAACGAGCCAGGCGGCCAAAACUGCUGUAUAUACCCUGACUCUGUUGCAAGAGAAGUGACAAAUUUUCCCUAGUUAAAAGAAAUUAAUGUUAGCAGGCAAUAUUAACUAAAUAUGCAGGUUUAAAAAUAUAUACUUGUGUAUUGAUUUUAAGAAAGGCAUUGAUGUUUAUGGUUAGGUACACGUUGGAGCAACGACAGUCCUUUUUCGCGAAUGCGCAAUGCAUCGAUUAUAUGCAACACAGGACACGCUAGAUAAACUAGUACUAUCAUCAACCAUGUGUAGGUAACUAGUGAUUAUGAUUGAUUGAUUGAUUGUUUUUAUAAGAUAAGUUUAAUGCUAGCUAGCAACUUACCUUGGCUACUUACUGCAUUCGCGUAACAGGCAGGCUCCUCAUGGAGUGCAAUAUGAGGCUGGUGGUUAGAGAAUUGGACUAGUUAACUGUAAGGCUGCAAGAUUGAAUCCCCGAGCUGACAAGGUAAAAAUCUGUCAUUCUUUAUUUGUAUUUUUAUUUGAUUUAUUUCACCUUUAUUUAACCAGGUAGGCUAGUUGAGAACAAGUCUUCAUUUACAAUUGCGACCUGGCCAAGAUAAAGCAAAGCAGUUCGACACAUACAACAACACAGAGUUACACAUGGAGUAAAACAAACAUACAGUCAAUAAUACAGUAGAAAAAUAUGUCUAUAUACGAUGUGAGAAAAUGAGGUGAGAGAAAUAAAAAUAAUGGGGUGCAAAGGAGCAAAAUAAAUAAAUAAAUAGAGUGAGGGAGAAGUGUUUCCAGUUUCAGAUAUUUUUGUAGUUCGUUCCAGUCAUUGGCAGCAGAGAACUGGAAGGAGAGGCGCCCAAAGGAAGAAUUGGUUUUGGGGAUGACCAGAGAGAUAUACCUGCUGUAGCGGGUGCUGCUAUGCUGACCAGUAAGCUGAGAUAAGGGGGGACUUUACCUAGCAGGGUCUUGUAGAUGACCUGGAGCCAGUGGGUUUGGAGACGAGUAUGAAGCGAGGGCCAGCCAACGACAGCAUACAGGUCGCAGUGGUGGGUAGUAUAUGGGGCUUUGGUGACAAAACGGAUGGCACUGUGAUAGACUGCAUCCAAUUUAUUGAGUAGGGUAUUGGAGGCUAUUUUGUAAAUUACAUCGCCGAAGUCAAGGAUCGGUAGGAUGGUCAGUUUUACGAGGGUAUGUUUGGCAGCAUGAGUGAAGGAUGCUUUGUUGUGAAAUAGGAAGUCAAUUCUAGAUUUAACUUUGGAUUGGAGAUGUUUGCUGUUAGUCUGGAAGGAGAGUUUACAGUCUAACCAGACACCUAGGUAUUUGUAGUUGUCCACAUAUUCUAAGUCAGAACCGUCCAGAGUAGUGAUGCUGGACGGUCGAGCAGGUGCAGGCAGCGAUCGGUUGAAGAGCAUGCAUUUAGUUUUACUUGUAUUUAAGAGCAGUUAGAGGCCACGGAAGGAGAGUUGUAUGUCAUUGAAGCUCGUCUGGAGGGUUGUUAACAGAGUAUCCAAAGAAGGACCAGAAGUAUACAGAAUGGUGUCGUCUGCAUAGAGGUGGAUCAGAGACUCACCACCAGCAAGAGAUACAUCAUUGAUGAGAAGAGAGUCGUCCCCAGAAUUGAACCCUGUGGCACCCCCAUAGAGACUGCCAGAGGCCCGGACAACAGGCCCUCCGAUUUGACACACUGAACUCUAUCAGAGAAGUAGUUGGUGAACCAGACGAGGCAAUAAUUUGAGAAACCAAGGCUAUCAAGUCUGCUGAUGAGGAUGUGGUGAUUGACAGAGUCGAAAGCCUUGGCCAGGUCAAUGAAUACGGCUGCACAGUAUUGUUUCUUAUCGAUGGCGGUUAAGAUAUCGUUUAGGACCUUGAGCGUGGCUGAGGUACACCCAUGACCAGCUCUGAAACCAGAUUGCAUGGCGGAGAAGGUGCAGUGGGAUUCGAAAUGGUCGGUAAUCUGUUUGUUGACUUGGCUUUCGAAGACCUUAGAAAGGCAGUGUAGGAUAGAUAUAGGUCUGAGGCAGUUUGGGUCUAGAGUGUCCCCCCCUUUGAAGAGGGGGAUGACCACAGCUGCUUUCCAAUCUUUGGGAAUCUCAGACGACACAAAAGAGAGGUUGAACAGGCGAGUAAUAGGGCUUGCAACAAUUUCGGCAGAUAAUUUUAGAAAGAGAGGGUCCAGAUUGUCUAGCCCGGCUGAUUUGUAGGGGUCCAGAUUUUGCAGCUCUUUCAGAGCAUCAGCUGACUGGGUUUGGGAGAACGAGAUAUGGGGAAGGCUUGGGCGAGUUGCUGUGGGGGGUACAGUGCAGUUGACCGGGGUAGGGGUAGCCAGGUGGAAAGCAUGGCCAGUCGUAGAAAAAUGCUUAUUGAAAUUUUCAAUUAUAGUGGAUUUAUCGGUAGUGACAGAGUUUCCAAAUUCUCAGUGCAGUGGGCAGCUGGGAGGAGGUGUUCUUGUUCUCCAUGGACUUUACAGUGUCCCAGAACUUUUUUGAGUUUUUGUUGCAGGAAGCAAAUUUCUGCUUGAUAAAGCUAGCCUUGGCUUUUCUAACUGCCUGUGUGUAUUGGUUUCUAACUUCCCUAAAAAGUUGCAUAUCACGGGGGCUGUUCGAUGCUAAUGCAGAACGCCAUAGGAUGUUUUUGUGUUGGUUAAGUGCAUUCAGGUCUGGAGAGACCGAAGCGCUAUAUCUGUUCCUGGUUCUAAAUUUCUUGAAUGGGGCAUGCUUAUUUAAGAUGGUGAGGAAGGCAUUUUUUUAAUAACCAGGCACCCUCUACUGACGGGAUGAGGUCAAUAUCCUUCAAGGAUACCCGGGCCAGGUCGAUUAGAUAGGCCUGCUCGCUGAAGUGUUUCAGGGAGCAUUUGACAAUGAUGAGUGGGGGUCGCUUGACCGCUGACCCAUUACGGAUGCAGGCAAUGAGGCAGUGAUCGCUGAGAUCUUGGUUGAAAACAGCAGAGGUAUUUAGAGGGCAAGUUGGUUAGGAUGGUAUCUAUGAGGGUGCCCGUGUUAACAGCUUUGGGGUGGUACCUGGUAGGAAAUAAUUUGUGUGAGAUUGAGGGCAUCAAGCUUAGAUUGUAGGAUGGCUGGGGUGUUAAGCAUGUUCCAAUUUAGGUCACCUAGCAGCACGAGCUCUGGGGGGCAAUCAGUUCACAUAUGGUGUCCAGAGCACAUCUGGGGGCAGAGGGUGGUCUAUAGCAGGCGGCAACGGUGAGAGACUUGUUUCUAGAGAGUUGGAUUUUUAAAAGUAGAAGAUCAAAUUGUUUGGCUACAGACCUGGAUAGUAAGACAGAACUCUGCAGGCUCUCUCUGCAGUAGAUUGCAACACCGCCCUCUUUGGCCGUUCUAUCUUGUCUGAAAAUGUUGUGGUCAGGGAUGGAGAUUUCAGAGUUUUUGGUGGUCUUCCUAAGCCAGGAUUCAGACACAGCUAGAACAUCCGGGUUGGCAGAGUGUGCUAAAGCAGUGAAUAAACAGUUAACCCACCGUUCCUAGGCCGUCAUUGAAAAUAAGAAUAUGUUCUUAACUGACUUGCCUAGUUAAAUAAAGGUGUAAAUAAAUAAAUCGGCCAGAUUUGUUAUGUACUUGAGUGAAGACCCAAAAGCGGUUUUAACAGAAAACAGAGUUCUUUAAUGAAAAACAGGAAUGGCAUAAAUCCUCUUCCAACGUAGUCAAUGGAACAAAAAGAACGUUAGUAUAAUGCAGGAUGCACCUGCCAGGCGGACUCCGACAGGAUAGGACAAGGUGGAAGCAAACGGGACGACAGCUUGCUUCUGGCAUCAAAAACACAAACAAGAAUCAGACACUGAAAGUAGCAGGAACAGAGAGAGAAAUAGAGACCUAAUCAGAGGGGGAAGAGAGAACAGGUGGGAAGGAGAGAAUGAGCUAGUUAGGGGAGAUGUAGAACAGCUGAGGAAUGAGAGACAGAGAAGGUAACCUAAAAAGACCAGCAGAGAGAGACAGAGUGAAGAGAAAGGACAGGAACAGACAUAACAAGACAUGACAAGAUUGGUAUCCAAAAAAACCGAUUUCCGAUUGUUAUGAAAACUUGAAAUCGGCUCUAAUUAAUCGGCCAUUCCGAUUCAUCGGUCGACCUCUAAUUGACAGUUCUACUUUUCUUACCAUGGACACCCAGGGAAUGGCAACAUAAAAAUGGAAAUGUUAGAACAUUGUACAGUACUGCCCAUGCCUGAACAGAUUAUGACCCUUUGCAUGUUUGCCUGAGACUAGUGUAAGUUCAUGAUAACACAGUGGAAUACAAAUAUGAAAAUUGUUAUUGAGUAGGCUGAAACCUGAUAUUGUAUUUGUGUGUGUGUGUGUGUGUGUGUGUGUGUGUGUGUGUGUGUGUGUGUGUGUGUGUGUGUGUGUGUGUGUGUGUGUGUGUGUGUGCGUGCGUGCGUGCGUGCGUGCGUGCGUGCGUGCGUGUGUGUGUGUGUUUGGGGGUCACAAAACUGGAUACAUAGGAUAAGUUGAUAUUCACACAAUAGCUUGGGAACGUAAAAGCUUUUUACAUUGCACCUCCCACCCACCCGGGUAUAAGCUCAUCAGCAUCAUGAUAGGAAGGUGGGAUUUAUUGAUGUUGCCAUAUCAUAUAUCAUGCCGCCACACGUCCCAGACGUCCCGGCACCUACAGCCUACAUCAUCUACUCAUUGCAUACCCGGAGAGAGAAUGUAUUUUAAAAUGUUGUUGAAUAUCACUUUCAUUCUUGAAUGAAUUUACACUUUUAAUAUAAAAUGACCUGUACAUUGCAUGAAAUUUUCAAUGGCAUUUUAUGUAAUUUUCCCAAAAUGUGGUUAUUUUCCUGUGGCAGUAAAUGUUUAUGAACGAC